AUGGCGGACAAUGGAGGUGUUUACUUAGUUAUUAGUAACAUUCCCGUCGCUUUUCGCUCGGCUGACCUUCGAAAUUAUUUUAGUCAGUUCAUAGAAAGCGGUGGCUUCAUUUGUUUUCAUUACCGCCACCGGCCCGAAAUUCACCGGGAGACUCAAGCGUGCGGCGACAGCGAGGAAGACGGCGAGAAAUCGUCCGGUAGCGAGCUAGCACCAACGGCUACUGUGUCUGAUGACAACUGCAUCAAAAAAAGAAAGCAGACGGCUAAAACUUGUUGUUGUGUCGUGUCCGUUUACGAUGAACACGCUGAUAGAUUCGUCAGAAUGUACGCAGGGAACCACUGGAUCGACUCUAAAGGCAACUGGUUGUCCAGAAGAUGUGUUAUUAAGAAAGUGAGGGUUUCGCAACAAAAUGAUGAAACGCAAUUCCCAUAUAAAACGAGGUUUGAGCAGCGACACCGGAUGUCCCAAACGGAACAUUUCACUUUCUCGGACCUCAAGGCAUUAUCUGAACUCAAUCCACCCGCUCUGAUGCAAAAUGGCAACGUGGGCACGUCCGUCAAGGUUUUUCUCCAGCUCAUCCAGUCGUGCCGCCUGCCUCCCCGACUCAUCCGUAAAUUAGGCCUCACCUUCCCUAAGACGGGCUCCAACCGUCGCUAUGGCAACGUGCCUUUCCAUUACCAGGACACUUGCACUCUACCAGCCACAGAAGAGACUGUAUUAACAGCUGCCGGCCAUGAGAUAUCUGGGCCGGGCGCUCUGAAAGCGCCAUCAUCGACGUGGAGGCAGCGCGAUGACCGCUGCGAGACAACAGAAACCGAUGAUCAACACACCGAAGAGGAGGAUGUACAGUCAAAUGCAGAUGAUGACGAUGACUGCUGUGAGGAGUGGGAGCGUCAUGAAGCAUUGCAUGAAGAUGUGACGAGCCAAGAGCGAAGCAAAGAAAGGCUGUUUGAGGAAGAAAUUGAGUUAAAGUGGGAAAAGGGUGGUUCAGGCUUGGUGUUCUACACAGAUGCCCAGUACUGGCAGGAAGAAGAAGGAGAUUUUGAUGAGCAAACGGCAGAUGACUGGGACGUUGACAUGAGCGUCUACUAUGACAAAGAUGGGGGUGAUAUGGAUGCCCGGGACUAUGUCCGAAUGCGACUGGAGAAAAGGCUUAGGGAUGGUCUUGAAGAUUGCUCUACACAUAAUCAAGCCAUUGGCAGUUUUGAGAGGUUUACGAAGGGCUUUGGCCGCCGUGUGAUGGAGAAGCAAGGCUGGAAGGAUGGUGAAGGGUUAGGGAGCAGUCAAAAUGGGAUUCCGGAUGCCCUGGAAAACGAAGGCAAACAUCCACACUGCAAACGAGGGUUUGGAUAUCAUGGUGAAAAGCUACUCUUGCACCCUGGUAAAAAGGCCAGGAGAGACUACCACAUAAGUACAAUCUAUGAUCAACCUAAAGACAUUGAUAUGGGGGACUCUUUGCUCAGGCGCCAACCAAACACUUGCAUGAAGUAUAGAGGCUGGCAGCCAGGGGGCAGCGUUGGCCCACGAAGAUGA